AGGUCCUGCAUCUCGGGGUCGGCGUCCAGGACCGGAGCAAGGCGACAGUGGCGGCAGCGGCGCUGAGUGAAGUGCCCAGUCCUGACCCAGCACUUCUCACCCUUCCUUCUUUCAACUGACGGAGCCUUCCUUUCCGGCGAGCACUCUUCCCAAAGGACUGCCCGGGGCUGGCCCCACUGCUGUCCUCUCACCUGUUCGCUCACGUUCACAUUCUGGUCUCCACUGGCCUCACAGGGUACAGCUCUGAAGGGGAAAAAAGUGGUGUAAUUUUGGGCAUUCUGAGCAUUCAGAAGGCAACCAGACAUGUCCUUGGAUGACAUUAAGAUGAAAUCCAGUGACUUCCUGGAGGGGAAAGAUCUGGACAGCGGCGGCUUCGGGAAGGUGUCUCUGUGCUUCCACAAAACCCGUGGACUCGUGAUCAUAAAAAAGGUGUACACAGGGCCCAAGUGCACUGAGUACAACGAGGCCCUUCUGGAGGAGGGGAAGAUGAUGAACAGACUGAGACACAGCCGGGUGGUGCAGCUCCUGGGCAUCAUCAUAGAAGAAGGGAACUACUCCCUGGUGAUGGAGUACAUGGAGAAGGGCAACCUGAUGCGUGUGCUGAAAGACGAGAUCAGUAUUCCACUUUCUGUAAAAGGAAGGAUAAUCGCAGAGACCAUUGAAGGGAUGUGCUACUUACAUGGAGAAGGCGUGAUUCACAAGGACCUGAAGCCUGAAAACAUCCUCGUCGAUAUUGACUUUCACAUCAAGAUAGCGGAUCUUGGUGCUGCUUCCUUCAAGACAUGGAGUAAACUGACUCAAGAGGAGCACAAUGAGCAGAGGAAGGUGAACGACACCUCUAAGAAGAAUGGCGGCACCCUGCACUAUAUGGCCCCUGAGCACCUGGAUGACAUCAAUGCAAAACCCACAGAGAAGUCAGACGUGUACAGCUUUGCCAUAGUACUUUGGGCAAUAUUUGCAAAUAAGGAGCCAUAUGAAAAUGCUAUCUGUGAGCAGCAGUUGAUUUUGUGCAUAAAAUCUGGGAACAGGCCAAAUGUGGAUGACAUCAUUGAGUACUGCCCCAAGGAGAUCAUCAGCCUCAUGAAGCUCUGCUGGGAGAAGUUGCCGGAAGAUCGGCCAACAUUUCCUGGCAUUGAAGAAAAAUUUAGGCCUUUUUAUUUAAGUCAUUUAGAAGAAAAUGUAGAAGAGGAUGUAAAGAGUUUGAAGAAAGAAUUUCCAGGCCAAAAUGCAAUUGCGAAGAGAAUGCUGUCUCUCGAAAUUGAUUGUGUGGCUAUACCUCCAAGCAGGUCAAAUUCAGCUACAGAACAGCCUGGUUCGCUGCACAGUUCUCAGGGAUUUGGGGCAGGUCCUGUGGAAGAGUCCUGGUUUGCCCCCUCCUUGGAGCACCAGCAAGAAGAGAAUGAGCCCAGUCUGCAGAGUAAACUCCAGGAAGAAGCCAACUACCAUCUUUUUGGCAGCCGCAUGGACAAGCAGACAAAAAAGCAGCCCAAACAGAAUGUGGCAUACAGUAGAGAGGAGGAAAGGAGACGAAGGGUCUCCCAUGACCCUUUUGCACAGCCGAGACCUUAUGGGAAUGUUCAGAACUCAGGGGCAAAAGGCCCUACUUAUUCUGGUGUAACCAACCAUGGUCACACAGUGCACCAGGCAACAGGGCUAACCAGUCAACCCCAAGUACCAUUCUGGAACAAUGGAUUAUAUAACUCAAUUGGUUUUGGAGCAAGACCAUUGGAUACAGGAACAGCAGGUUCAAGAGUUUUGUACAGGCCAAUUUUAGGCCGUGUGCCUAGUCUGAAUAACACCCCAGUGCCUGAGACCAACCUACUGGGAAACACACCCACCAUUCCAUUCAGCUCCUUGCUAACAACAGAUGAGUCCAUAAAAUAUGCCAUAUACAAUAGUACUGGUAUUCAGAUUGGAACCAACAAUUACAUGGAUUUUAGUGGAUUGAGUUCAUCACUACCAGACAACACAAACAUGAAUCUUAAAGAAGAACCAGCUUCUGGGUACCAAGAUAUCUUUGAUAAUACCACUAGUCUGACUGAUAAGCACCUGGACCCAGUCAGGGAAAAUCUGGGAAGGCAAUGGAAAGACUGUGCCCGUAAACUGGGCUUCACUCAAUCUCAGAUUGAUGAAAUUGACCAUGACUAUGAGCGAGACGGACUAAAAGAAAAGGUUUACCAGAUGCUCCAAAAGUGGCUGAUGAGGGAAGGCUAUAAGGGGGCCACAGUGGGGAAGCUGGCCUGGGCGCUCUACCAGUGUUCCAGAAAAGACCUUCUGAAGUACUUGAUCCACGCCACCCAGAACUAACCCUGAACGGGCCUUGGCAGCUGAAGCAGACUCUUCAUUUCGUGAGUGAAAGUGGGCUGCCUUGGAGCAUUCAGAAUUCUGUUCUCACUGAUAGGGAUUCCAUGUCUAUACAAAUGUCACUUCUUGCAUUUCAUAGCUGGACAAUGGGAAGAGAAAUCUGCAGCAAACAACCCACUUUCAGGAAAGUGUAAACCUCUUAGUGGUCCAGCACCCAUCAAAAAAGAAGCCCAGCUGGGUUUUGAAAGGGAGAGUGGAGAUAUUUAAGCAAGGCCAUUUCCUUUCAGCUCAUGCCAUAGCCAUCAAUGAUGCUAGCUAUUCCAUUUCCUGGAGUUUUGUUUGUGCAA